GAUAAAAAGGUCAGGAACAUACCAAAAAUGGCGAUGGCUGGUCGAAUGGUACAAUGCUUUCUGAGAAUGCCUUCUUUGUUCAUUCCUGCACGAAAUGUAGUCACAUGCGCCGUGUCUACUAACGCUCACAUAAACGUGCAAAAUUUUCAAGGAAAUUAUCAAUAUCUAAAGCCUAAGGCUUCUUCUUUGGUAUUGUUUAAUCAGAAAAGAUUCUACAGUGCCAAGGAACCAUUGACAUUAGAGAUUAUCAAGGAUAGAGUACUUCUUGUUUUAAGGCUGUAUGAUAAAAUUGAUCCACAAAAAUUGACAGUAGAGUCUCAUUUUACGAAAGAUUUGGGAUUAGAUAGUUUAGAUCAUGUAGAAGUAAUAAUGGCUAUGGAAGAUGAAUUUGGAUUUGAGAUUCCAGAUAGAGAUGCUGAUAAGUUAUUGAGGCCAGCAGAUAUUAUUAAAUAUGUUGCUGAUAAAGAAGAUGUAUUUGAAUGAAUAAAUUCUGGGAGAUUUGAACGCUUACAGGAAAGAAUGGAAUACAAGCAUUAAUUUAGUUAGAGUUUAAGAUGAAGAUGGUUUGUACAUUUGUAAAUGUAGCUAUCAAAUGAAACUAGUAAAUGGUAUCUGUUGCAAAGAAAUCAAUAAAAUUCAUCGUUUCUUUGAUA